AUUCGUUGCAGUACUGACACGUUUACUCCACAUGAGCACGUUUUAUUUUCUUGUGAUAAAUUGAAUUUAGAUGUAAUUUUAAUCUACAAUUUUUCAAUCGCGAGAAGUAAUUAAAGCUUUUAUUCGAAGACGAACACUAGGAAAAAUAUUGCCUCAGCUAUUUUUUAAAAGGUUUUUAUUUACUCACCAAGGUAUGGAUUUUAAGCAACUGAUGAACUUGGCCUCGCAGAAUAAAGCUCGAGCACCAAAACAGGUAAUAAUAAUGAUUAAUAUUUCUAUUACUGUAUGUAUGGCUAAAGCUUAAAGUUGAUCUGAAAGCAAGAACAAUCAUGAGAAAUAAAUGUCAUUAUUAUAUGGCUGAGUCUGUUUUCACCAUGUGAUUGGUCAAUUUGCGGUCCAUAACUUGCUAUACGAACCAAAAUUUCGAAGAAAAUGCUCCUUUCAGAGCUCUAAAUCUCUUUACCUCAGGAAAAAAGGUUGAAAUUAAGUUACAAGACGUCUAUCAACCUUGAGGACUUAGAUUUUGACUUUGUCCUUCAACAUUUUAAACUGUGAUUAUUUGUGAAUGAAGGCGAUGAAGAAAGUAACUCGUGAUCUUAUCGAAGAGGAUUCUAGACAGUGUUUGAAAAUUUUAUCGUAGUACACAGUUAAGAAGACAAGAAUUGACUGGCAGAGAUUCAAGAUGUUUUGCCUAAGAGAAAAUGAGUAAUUCUUUCGACAAAUAUGAUAACAAACAUGCCUGCACCAAAUCAUCUUUCCAAAGACCAAUGAAAGAAAGACUCCAGCGUCACAUUGGCGAGUGAAUACUUGAAGUGCUAGUUUUGACUGAAUAUACUUACAAAUAUGUCUGUAAACCCUGAGGACUGGGAUGUUGACUUUGCCUUUCCAGAUUUUAACCUAGCUUUGUUUGAAUGAGAAUGAAGCUGAUGUAGAAACUGAAUCGUAACCUUUCCGUGGAAGGGAAUAUGGUCAGUGUUUGAAAAUUUUAACACAGAUCACACUUCAAGACGAGAAUGAACUGGCAGAAAUUGGAGAUGUUUUCCCCAAAACAUUGACAAGCGAAUACUGUAAGGCAACAGUAACAGUACUGUAAGGCCUUGAUGACUUUGGUGUUAAGGAUAGGUUAUGGGAGGUGCUCACACAAAUAGUGGUCACACAUGGCUUGACCUUGAGGUCAAUCUCUUACUCGUUCUUAAAACCUACUGUAUCAGUUAAUUCUAAAAGCAGUUAUGACUGGUACUUAGAAGUCUAGAAUUUUUUGCCUGGAGUUGUUGAGCUCUAUGGCACAAUGGCUGGGCUUGCAAAAGGUGCUGAACAGCCUUUUAUGCACUGCAGCAGUCUUUUAUGUUGGGAGAAAAAUAGCUAUAAAAUUUUCUUUGUAAUAAGAUUCAAGCAUAGAUUUAUUUGGCAUUUCACAAAGUAACUAUAAUAAGGUUUUUUUAAAUGUAGGAAACCAGAGAUGUGGCUUCAAAGAAUAACAAAUCUAACCAGAGUGGGGUGUCAGACGAGGCUGUGAAAGCCUUUCUGGCAAAGAAAGAACUUGAAAAGAAAAGGAAAGCAGGUAAGACCUUUGAUUAAUAGAAAAUCAAAUCCCAGAUUUGUAGUUCUUACAAUUCUUGUUCCAUGUCUGUUGACAGAUGAUUAAUUUUUUGUGAGCUUUGUGUGUUACAGGUGCUGGUGUACAUGUAUUUAAACAAAACAAUCUAUCAAAAAACAUAGUAAUGUGCUAAGUCAAAAUUGACCAACCACUUAAAUAAGCAUUAACAAUAUCACAUGGUUUUUCAGGGGGCAACAAGUGAAAACAUUUGCCAAUGCAAGAAAUGACAGUCAAGUUUGUUUAUUCUAGACUAAUGGCAAAUAUUUAUUAUGGGUGGAAGUGAUUGUUGUUAUUUUUUUGGAUGCUCACAUUCACUAAUUUUAUCACUUAUUUGCCCCCUGUAAUACCACAUGACAUUGCUUUUAUCCCAUUGAACUUUAAGUCUGUGCAAAGAUGGCAGGUCUUGAGAAUGAGGUCGGUACGGGGUUGGUGUACUCUUUGGGGGUGGUGGAGCCAAGUCCUACAGGCUGAGCUUGUAGGGUAAUCUUGACGUAAGAUAUCAAACAUGAGAUGCAGUGUUUCAUCACCAGAUGAAACACCGAGAAGAGAGUUGAAAAUACGACGCGCAGCGGAGUAUUUUUGACGAACUUCGAGGUGUUUCAUCUGGUGAUGAAACACUGUGUCGAAUGUUUGAUAUUUCUUCUCAAACAAAAUCAUUUUUGAAGGAGAAAUUAAGGAUGCAAAUACUAAGCAGUGUUUCAUCCGAUUUCCAAACACUCAUUAAACAUUAAUUUCCUUUGUAUUUUCUUAAUGAAUUAUUAAUGAGUUUGAGAAAACCCUGUAAGCAACAACAACCAGGCAUGAUCAUGACAUAUAGCAGUGAGAAAAAAUUUGCACUUGGUACUUGCUUUUAUGAGGGAUGUUGCAACACAAAAAAGUAACAAAAAAAUUUGGCAGGAUAGCUGCAGAAUCACAGGUUGGGCUCCCUGGAAAUUCCCUUCUGUUUACAGCCCCACAGCGGGGAAGGAGUACUGGUCAGCUGUUUUCUUGAGUUUAGCCUGAGUCAGUUAUUUUAGUCAUAUGUAAUUUAUUAAAGUUAUUGUUUUCCAUGAUUGUACAUACAGCUGAGGAAGAGGCUGCAAGGAGAGCUAGGAUUGAAGAACGAUUGACUCAAUCUCUUGGCAUCAAGAAGAAAGAAUCAGGAGAUGGUACGUCUCGUGAUAAAGCAGCCAGUAAUGAACAGAAGGGUACGUCUCACAAAAGUAAAUCAGGUGAAAAGCAGGCAGAUAAAAUAAAUAUGAAACAGAAUGAUCACAGAUCUACAAAACAACCACAGAAGAUAACUUCAAAGAAGUUUGAAGGAGACAAAGCAAGACCAUCUCUUGAACCUGUCAAUAAGACUAGUGAAGGGAGUUCAUCUUCUAGAAAAGUUCAUAAAAGGCCAGGGAAGGACAAAAAAGGACCACCCAUGGAUUUCAAAGCUCUUCUAGCUAUGGCCGAAAGAAAUAAAGAUGGUGGAGGUAGAUUGUCAACUGCAGUGGCACAAGGAAGUAGUAAAAAACAUGAAGAAAAAAGUGAUGUGGAAGAACAUGUGAGAAAAAAGGAAGAACGAGUGAAAAAGAAGGAAGAGCACAUGAAAAAAUCUGAUAGAAGUUCAGGGCAAAGAAAAGUUCUCGAAACGAAACAGGCUUCUUCUAGUAAGCCUGUGAGCAAAGGUAAAACAAAUGGACAAAUGCAUUCUAAAGGAUCUUUACAAUUUAAAGGUGAAGGCAUUCCUGGUAAAACACAGCCUUCCAGGCAAGUUCAAGAUAGUAAACGAGAUUUGAAACAUUUAGAGUUAGUUAAUGCGAGAAGACAAACAGGAAUUGAAAGAAAAACUUUACCUUCAAUGGCAGCUUCAACAAGUCACAAAAAAUCAGUUAGCUCCAAGACAAUUCGGCCUAAUAAUGAUAGGAUGCUUAUGAGGGAAGGACAUGUACCAAAAAGAAGGGAUCGUGAGAAUCUUAAGAGAAAGAGGAAUCCUUUUGAGGAUGAAAUGGAUGACUUCAUUGAUGAUGGAGAUGGCGAUGAAGUUGAUGUUUCAAAGUAUAUUAAGGAAAUAUUUGGUUAUGACAGAACAAGGUUUGUAAUGACUUAUUUACCUGCUAUACUGUUAAAAUAUUCAUCUAACAUCCAUUCAGGUCAAUAAUUAUUUUGUUAUCCACAUAGCCAGUGCCAUUAUUUUGCGACCUGAUGUGUUGGAUUAGCCCGUGAAUACAGUUGUCUCUUUUCUUUCUCUCUCUUUUUCUUGCAAAAACAUCCCUAGUGGAGAGGAGAGACGGCUGUAUUCACAGGCUAGUGUUGGAUUGGAUGAGUUGGCUUGAGGUUAGUAACAAUAAUAAUAAUAUUUAAAGAGGGAGCCCAACUAACCAUAGGGGUUUUCAGUGGGACUCUCAUUAGUUAACAAAUUUAUAAGUAAGUAAGUAAGUAAUUGAUAAAAAGUAAAAAAAAUGGCUCAAAAAUUUAAAAAGAGUUAAGAUCUAAAAAUCGCAUGCAUGUUAAAACUACAUUGUAGUUAACCCAUUCGCUCCUGGAGAUUUUGCCGAAAAACGCGUUUUGAAGCUAGUCUAGUGGUUUUCUGGUCACUGUCGUGCUAUAAAGGGCUAAAACUUACCACAAACCGGUUUACAGGUCGUACACUUGGCAGCCUUCUGAUCCAGAUGCAAAACAUCAGCUUGUGAAGUUCGGGCAUGCGCCAAAAGCAAAAUUUUGAGAGUGAAAAGUGACACCGCAGUCUUGACUUUUACUUUUUGCUUUUUCUCCUCCCUUCUUUUUUCGCUUUUCUUGCCUCAUUUUUUUUUCUCUUGCUGGGCAUUUAGUAGGCUUCAUUUUGGUGGGAAGAAUGUUUAGGAAAGCUUUUAGGAUCUUAGGAUUAGGUGAAAGGAAAGGUAGGUGGGCAAUGGAACAAGAUUUUCAUGGAGAUUUUCAGGUCAAUGUCACGUGGUUUUUUGCUUCUUUCUCCGGUGUCCUUGACUGAAUCGUGCUCAUUCUGGUAUGGUUUGAAAGAUCUCUUCACUCUACACUAGUUAGCGAAGAAAGUUGUCCUUGACCAUUAAAACUGAUGAUGUCACAAAGGGUAGAAAGGACCUGGAUCCGCACGGGCGGUUACGGGCGGUUCAGGGGCGAAUUUGUUAAAGUCUUUUGACAAAGUUUUUAGCUCGGGUUUAAAAAUAGAUAAAAAGAAUGUUUCUUUCUAUCCUGCGGACACAGACGCAUUUCUGGUGAUUGCUUCACUCCACCUGAGAAGUAAUGUCUGCGAACCCAAGCAGCCAAUCAAUUUCUGUGAUGUAAGACAUUAUUAGCUGACCACAGUUUAGCUCUUAAAAUCAAGGAGCUAACUGGCAAGACUUCUCACAAGAUCGUGCACGGUGGAUAUGUUAACUUAAGUCAAAAAUGAAUCGUGGACAAUCUAUGCUAUAUACGGCCACCCUUUCUUCUCAGAAUGAUGCAGUUAUGAAAGUUAAUUUGCCUGGAUUGUGGGACUGAUUGAUGAAGUCAGCACCAAAAGGAUUUAUAUUGAAGAAGAGAUUACAGGAAUAUUUCUAUCUAUUUGCCUACGGGGUCAAUGAUUUAUUAUACCUUUAACCCAGGCUGAAUGCUGGUUUAACCUGAUCCCAGAUUUAACCUGCAACAUGUAUGCUUUGGAAGAGUCUUCAUUAGUUUGUUGUGUGCCGCGUUAGAUAUAUUUUUUGUCAGCGCUGGUUAAAUUGUAAUAAAUUGCAAGUCGGAGUGUGAUGUCAUGUUAAGCUAUAUUAUUUUCCUUUUGCUGCAUGGAUUAUUUUGUCCAGGUGUUGUUUAUGUCAUGUACGACAGUAACUGUAUCAGUAUAGGCCCACAUCACAUACAUAGCUUUAUAAGAAGCUGUUGUUUCACAUGGAUAGUCUAAUUUUUGAACUUCAAAUUGUAUUUUAUUUUCAAUUAUUUUAGUCUGCAAAUGUAUGCCAUAAUAAUUAAUUUGCACCUUAUUGCAUUUCCUUGAGUAAGCACCCUUUAUCAAAUACAUUUUAAUCACCCACUUCUGUGGGCCAGACUGUCAAAUAAGUAACCAGAUGCAGAAUUAUAUUUUUAGCAGGUUUACAGUUAAAGUAGGUAAAAUCGUAAAGUUAUUUCAGCUUUGUCAUCUCUGAUCAGGACAGUUCACAUUGUUCCUUCAAGAUAAGUGUAUAUUAAUUUUUGUCUGAAUGAGCGUGAUAUAAUUUAUUUGAUUGAUAUAGACAGAUAGCUGGUUUCUCUUGCAAGUAUCUUUUUUUGUGUGGUAUAUGGCCUUAAAAAUGUUCCAGUUUUUGGUCAUCUUGAUAUGCAUGUAAGAAAUUACGAGUAGUGCUACAUUGUAUUCACUUUUUAAAAGGCUAUCAUUAAUUUUCUACUUUUUAACAGAUUCCAUGAUGAUGAUGAUGAUUUGGCUGCUAUGGAAAGUACCUAUUCUCAGAUAGAAAGGGAAGAGUCCAAAAGGUAAAAAAAACUGCUAUACAACUGAGAUUAUGUCUGACUUGUGCAUUAUGUCUCACAAAAACACGUUAUUUUCCUUGCAGCAUAUGGUACAAAUCCCAGUUGCACUCACUGAUUCCCAGGCAACCCUUAAGUCAGAACUGGCAAGCCAGACCAGUCCAGUCGUAAAGAGAGCUCUACUCUUAAUAAGGGCUGUCCAUCUAGAGCAGUCUAUUCGUAAAAUGAUAAUCCUAAACAGUCUGCAAGGAAGUGGUGGGUUUUAAGUCAAACAUUUCAAAAAAAGCCCAUGGCUGGUCCUGCUGGCCAUUUCUGACUUUUGGGUGUGUGCUGGGGGGAGGUCAGGGGGAUGGGAGCCUUGGAGAAAAGGUCGCAGUAGGGGUGUGGAAAGUGUGAGGGGAGAUGGAAGGAAGUGGGAGUUCUAAAAGGGUGCAAAGUGGGAGAAAUAGGGGAAAAUUACUCAACAGUGCUAGAUAUAUUCCAAAUGAAAAGUGCUAAAGGGAGGAAGCCAAGAAAAAAGGGGCAGGAGCCAGGAAUGUAAGGUAUGAGAAGCAGGAGGUUUAGACCCCCCCCUCCACUUUGCAAAGUGCCCUACAUUACUCUGGUGGCCCUUUAAUGGUCUGAUUGGCUCCUUUGCGGCAGUACCUACCUAGGUUUGGUCGAGAGACACAUGAUAUUCUCAGCUCAUCCCUAGAUCCUUGAUCCACUAUAAUAGUGCUGUUGGUCAUGUGCCAGCAUGUUAAAGUUGCAUUUUCUGCAAUAAGUUAUGGCUGUUGUGGCUUGGCGAAUCAGGGCGUUCCUAUUAAAUCCUUCAUCUCUCUAUGGAUAUUAAAAUCAUGACGGUAAUUGCUAGAUAAGCUUUAAAAGUGGGGUGAAAGAGAGCAGGAGUUUUUUCUGCUUGUUUUUGCUGUCAGCAUGUGAUGAUGGGUUAUGUUGGUCACUGUUGUUGCUUUUAACAUCCACAUUAAUUUCCUGAAGCAAGACUUCCAGAAACAUUUCUCUCUGGCAAAUUUUAAUGGUUUAUGUCACAGACUGAAGUAAUGAAAAUAAGUGACAAAUGUAUUAUCAACCAAUGAAAAGCCAACAAACUUUGUAAGUCUCACCCCCCUUCUUGCAUAACUAUACUUUGAAAAUAGAUAGAUAAUAAACACUAUCAGAGUACAGAAUAACUCCAAACAUUAAUUAAUACAUAACCAGCUGACACUGUUUAUAUUUUAAACACGCUGUAUCUUCUCCACAGUGCCAAGAUUGCACGCCUUGAAGAUGAAAUUGAACAGCUUAAGGAAUUACAUGAACUGCAGAAGCAAAGAGACAAAUUAAAAAGGAAUUCAAAGAAAUAGAUAUACCAGCUGUUAUUCUUAUUCAUGCUUAUUAAAUUAAUCAUCCAGAAAUUAAAACAAAUAAUUUGAAUACAUUUGUAUUGUAUUUCAAUCAGUGUAAGGAAGAUUUAGGCCCACAAAAGAAAUUAUUAAUGGUUUUUCAUUCCCCACAUUGGCUUACUUACUAUAUUUUUUUCUCUGAAGCAGAGAUCUAUAGAGCUGAAAGGAUUUUGUUUUACCCAUUAUUCAAUUGAACACUAAUCUUGUCGUGUUCUGACAUGUAUUAUUUCUUCUACAAAGAUUUUAUACCAUUAUUUUUUUGUUUUGUUGGAAAAUUUUUGACUAUUUUCAGUUCUGAAUUUUUGCAACCUGUGUACAGUUUCCCCCUUUUGUCGGAAAAAAAUAAUGGAAAGAGGGGAGAGAGAGUGAUGGUAGACAGGAAAUCCAAUUUCUGGGUAAGUUCACACUUGACACCAGGGCACAGUGCCAGAGUUUGUUACUCACCAGGCACUAAUGUGAACACUCCCAUACGCAUUACCCUUUUACCCAGGUGCUUAAGUGGACACUGGGCCCCUGACUCUGUACACAUUUUCUGUCAGUUCGAAGGCAAUCUACUUGCUUUUCAUACAUAUAACCUCCUGCUACUUUUACAUUUGAAAAUGAUUCUGACAAUUAAAUUAUGUGAUAUGGAGCAAAUAUAUACACAGGACACCCAAGGUGUGCACUCAGCACUGGUACCCAGACAAGUGCUCAGGCACCAAGUGUGAAUAGCCCGUGAAUUCUUACCAACACUCUAGCUCAUAAAGCUGUCAGUUUCUGACAAAACUCAAUUUUUAAGCCCAUCAAGAAAAGUAAUAGGUUUUUGGCCAGGUGGCCUAGGGUUUGAGGUCUAGGGUGUGAUGUGUCGGCCUGUGGCUGACGAACGCGAGAAAAAACCCCUGGUACCCAGAGUACGACAGAAGAAGUUAACUAAUCAAAAUAUUUUGUGUGGCUAAGGGAAAGUUCAUUUAAUAUGACAAGGGGGGGGGAUGAAGAUAUUGAGGGGGGGCUCCGAAAAUUUUUAGACACCCGAAGGGGGGGCUCUGAAAAAAUUGUUGCGCUAGGAGG